GACCGCCCCACGCUCGCUUAUGAUGGCUGUGACCGGCAGCGCUAGACACGACUGCUGUCGGUCCGCUAUGCCUGCAUCCUGAUUGCGGAUACGGUCACCCUCUCCGCAUUUCGAUCACAAAUGGCGCAAUGCCAGCAGUCCCAGCCAUGGCAGACCAAAAUACGAACAACAAUGCAGAGUCCACGACAGGUCUUCAAGGCCGGCCGAAGAAGCGAGCCAGGGUCAUCUCUGGCUUGACGGAAGAGCAGCUCCAGCGCAAACGAAACGUUGAUCGCAAGGCUCAGCGUGCUUUCCGACAGCGCACGAAAGACAGCAUCGAGAAGCUCGAGCAGCAGCUCGCGUCAAUCAAUCAGAAAGCCGCUGAGAGCGAUGCAAAAUUCCAGCAGGAGCUUGCGGCCGUCCACAAGAACAAUCAGACGUUGCAGCAGUGCCUUGAGCGCAUCUCCGAGCUAGCCUCAGCUACAAUCCGCGCAAUCGCCCACGGUCACGACACUGAGUAUGAUCGGGCCUCCGGUCGCAGCCCCGUACACAGCACGGUUGCACAUUCAGGCGACGCCAGCCAUCAAAACAAAUCGGCCACAGGCUCCAACCAACCACACAAUGCUGCACCGAAUGCAUCACAACCCAUAACUCCUGUGACCUUAGAGAACGACAGCUCAAGUUGCAACGUCCCAAACGAUAUGCAUUACGAGGUCGAGGGGUCUCCUAGCAUGCUACCUAUCGACAUGACACCUCCCAAUCAGCCACAACCCUCUGUACACCCUUUCGAUCUUUUGCAGGAACAGCAAUCAAUAUCGCCGCAAGCCCAUGACUCUGUUGGUGAGCCCAUGUCGCCCAUGUAUGACCAGGGCGAACCGUCUCAUCAUAUCAGGCCUGCAUCGCUCGCUGGUACAGGCUCGAGCUGCGUCUCAUCAUCUGCAGGCCAACAAUAUGCGACUAUCGACCCGGGUCUGGAGGAGAGGAGUCCGAAUCAAUAUGAUCUUGCACGACCCGCACAUCAUGAUCUGUGCAACGGUAUGCAGGUGAGCCCUCAUGCCGCCGAUUCGGCGCCGACUGCCAGUUCAAUACAGAGCUUGCGCUCAGAUCCAGUAUCCAUAGUUCUACCUUCGCAUGUACUACCGACAUGUCCUUUGGAUGAGAUACUACAUAACUUCUUAAUAAGUCGGAGAGACCUGCUUACACACGGUAUGGAUGUUGAUGCUGCUGCUGGACCCUUGCGUCCAACAGUCAAAGCACUGCUCGAUCCUCAUAUGACCAAUGACGUCCACCCUCUCAGUGGCAUAAUGUCGGGAGUUUUGACGACAUUUGCACACGUCGAACAGCCGGAGAAACUUGCUUUCUAUUACUUGAUGUACAAGACAAUGCGGUGGCAAAUUGCGCCUUCUAAAGAAACUUACAGGGCUAUGCCCACAUGGCUUAGACCGACCGUCACACAGAUCACAGUGCAGCACGCUGCCUGGAUAGACAACAUUCCGUGGCCUGGUGUGCGUGACAUUCUAAUCGAGAACCCUGACGAUCAUCCCUUCGAUUUGUUUUCGCAGUAUUACUCACACAAUAUCAGUGUGAAUUGGCCUUUUGACCAUAUGGACGCUGUCACUGAUGUGGACAACAAUGUCGUGCUGCAUUCCAUCUUCGAAAAACACGUAUCCAAUCUAAAGAAUUGGACAGUGUCGGCAGAGUUCCAUUCCCGGUUUCCGUACAUGUCCUCUGCAAUAUACUCAAGAGAUUGACGGCGACUGGCGGUCGUCCGCAAACAUUGCUCUGAAAGUUUGUCAGUUGCCUGACAACGGUAACAUGACCCUGCGGAGUGUUCUCAGUGUUUUCUCGGACCGUGUCAGUACCCUAGCUCAACCCCGUCUCACGAAAGUCUUGGCACUAUUCGGUACCCCCUCCGCACACUUCCGCAUGACUCAUGAUUGCCAAUCUGGAGGUGGGCUCAGAGGCUUAUACAAAACUCUACAAGGAUAUUCCGUACUAUGCGAGUAAU